GGUAGCUGCCCUGGACAGCCGCAAUUGAACUUUUUUGAACGCGCCAGGGGCCCCCUGCGCACAACUUUGCGCAGCGAUGGGUACCCACAAUGGAUGUUUGUUACUACUAGUUUCGUUGGUGCUUUGUACGCAUCUAAGCGGCGCUUCCACUGUCAUCAAGUCAGCACCUGCGCGGGCGACUGAAGCUUACGCUACACUCGUCUAUGGAGAGGAAUUCGUUCUGGCAGCUCGCGUUCUCGGACAAUCCCUUCGGGAAUCGGGCACAACAAGGGACCUGGUGGCCCUCACCACCGGCUCUCUGCCCGCCUCCGCCGAACUCACCCUCUCCUCCGACGGGUGGCGAGUAGUGCGUGUGGCGCCCGUGGCAAACCCGGCACGCGGCCCCCAGCCCACCGGCUACCCCCCGCGGUUCGCUUACGUGUACACCAAACUGUACAUCUUCAAGAUGACGGAGUACAAGAAGAUUGUCUUCCUGGACGGAGACAUCCUGGUGCUCCGAAACAUGGACGUGCUGUUCCGCUGCCCCGGCUUCUGCGCCGCGCUGCGACACAGCGAGCGCUUCAACACGGGCGUCAUGAGUCUGGUGCCCUCCACGGAGAUGUACGACGACAUGAUGGCCAAGGUGGCGACCAUGCCGUCGUACACUGGGGGAGACCAGGGUUUCCUCAAUUCGUACUUUGAGGGCUUUGCGCACGCGCCCCUGUUUGACGGAAACACACCCUACACGCCGGACCAGAGCAAGGUAAGUCAGUACAUGCGUUUGCCAACCACCUUCAACGCUGAUGUGGGCCUCUACGUGGUCAACUCCAACCGCUGGAUGCUCCCCCGCUCCUCCCUCUACGUUAUCCAUUAUACGCUGGGGCCCUUCAAACCCUGGGUUUGGUGGUCGGGGUGGCUUGUACGGGAAAACCCCGCAUGGUCUGCCGUACGAGCACGCCUGCCUGCUGACGUCAGCGGCCUCAGUGGCGGCCAUACGACACGUCAGCUCUUUUUCGAGCGAUGGAUGGUGCUGCUGCCUUGGGCGCUGCUGGCGGGGGCUGCGUACUUGUGUUGGGGUGUGGUGGGGCCUGCAUGCG